AUGUUAGCUGAGCCAAAAUCAGCUAAUUCUCCUGAUAUAUCUGAGAGCAUUGUUCAGCCCAGUGAUAAUUUCAAAACUUCAAUCCAGUCCUUAAUUCAAUGUUUGGAUUGUCAAUGCGAAAAUGUUCUUUCCCUUCAAAGAAUUGCUUCGCAAUUUAAUUUUUACAAACGUAGGCUAUAUGAUGUUAUCAAUGUUUACGAGUCAAUCGGAAUUUGCAAAAAAUUGAGCGUUGAUUCAUUAUUAUGGAUUGGCUUUUCUAAUGUCCUUCCAACAUUAGAGAGAUUAGUCCGCAAAGAACGUAUUUUUGAAAAAGAUUAUAAUAUUGAUAAUUUAUCUAUAGAAGAAACAUCUAUCACGAUCUCGAAUCUGACACACAAAUUUUUAUUGCUAUUUAGUGCUUUGCACCAAACUAGCAUUGAUAUUAAACAGUGCAGUAAAUUUUUAUCAAAAAAGAAUGAUAAAUUCAAAACAAUUCUCUGCAAGUUAUACCAGAUAACAUAUAUCCUAGAAUCAUCUAAUAUCAUAGUCAAGUCCCAAAAACCUGGAGAAGUCAUCCUUAAUAAAGAAUAUUUCAUCGAAAAUCAAAAGAUUUAUAUUCACCCAUUAUUGUCAAUUGAUGCACUCCUAAACAAUUCAGAGAAUGAAAUUGAUUUUUACGAGAAGAGAAGGAAAUAUUUCAGUUAUGAAACGAUGAGCGAAAAACAAAAAUAUUUUACCAUGCUUUGCAGAGAAACAUUUUCAUCUCCUAUGAUAUUGUAG